AUGGAGGCAGGAUAUCUUGAACCAGAGAAGGUCACGGAGACAGCUCUGAGGGAGGUCCCCGUCGAGGAGAGGAACAUCGUCAAGCCCUCUGGUUUUCUUGCUCGUUUUCGCUACUAUGAGGAGCUCUUGGAUCGCAAAAUGGGGGUUGAGUCGCAUAGUCUCGACCGAGUGCAUCCCGAGGACCGCAAACCGCCAAACCCACUUGUGAUGGCCUUCAUGUGGGCAUCGGCGACGAUGAAUCUGAGCUGUUUCAGUACCGGAUUCCUGGGAAACCAAUUCGGGCUGUCACUAUCACAAACCAUCCCGAUCACAAUCUUUGCAACAUUGCUUGGUAGUGCUGUUACGGGAUGGUGUGCAACUAUGGGCCCCGGUACUGGCCUUCGUCAGGUAGCGAUAUCCAGAUACUCCUUUGGUUUCUACCCGUCGUCGAUCAUUGCCGCCCUGAAUGUCGUCGAGCAGCUUGGCUGGUCUUCCGUAAGCUGUAUCACAGGAGGCCUCGCCCUCAGCGCCGUAUCUGACGGUCGUGUCUCGAUUGCGGUUGGAGUGGUUAUCGUUGCAGUGGUCAGUCUGCUAUUUAGCUUCGUUGGGCUGAGGGGCGUCCUUGCGUAUGAAAAAUAUGCCUGGAUCCUAUUCUUCAUCAUCUUCAUGAUUAUCUAUGGAGAAGCUGCGCACCGCGCAGACCUGAAAGCACCACCGAAGGUAACAGGAAUGACACAGUCCGGCCAGGCCUUGAGUCUCAUCAGCGUGGUCUAUGGAUCGAGCGCGUCCUGGAGCUCAAUUGUGUCUGAUUUCUACGUGCAUUACCCGGUCAACACGCCAAAGAUCAAGAUCUUCCUUUACACGUGUCUGGGCAUAACCAUUCCGACAUGUAUCGGAAUGCUGCUGGGUUGUGCCGUCAGCUCAGCCCUCGCAACCAAUCCUGAAUGGUCUGCUGCAUACGAUGGUGGAAUCGGUGAACUCCUCCAAGUUAUCAUCUAUCCCAGGGGUUUUGCAAAGCUUCUACUCGUAUUACUCGUCCUUUCCGGAAUUGGCGUGAACUGUAUCGCCAUAUACGCCGGCGCGCUUUCCGCUCAACUAUUUGCUAAACCAUUCCAGGCAGUUCCCCGAACCAUCUGGACCAUCAUUGUCUUUGGAUGUAUCCUCGUCAUCGGCAUCGCCGGACGAGAUCACCUGCUCGAAGUACUCGAAAACUUUCUCUCCCUCCUAGGCUACUGGAAUACCUCAUUUUUCGUCAUCCUCUUCUUAGAACACUACCUCUUCCGCGGAGGCAACCUGGCAAACUACGACCUGGACGCGUGGAAUACUCCUUCGAAGCUACCCGUCGGAAUCGCAGGUCUCACGGCCUUCCUGUGCGGAAUGGCGGGUUGGGUUGUCGGGAUGGUGGAGACGUAUUAUGUCGGGGUCAUUGCGAAGAUGAUCGGUCAUUAUGGGGGCGAUGUUGCUAAUGAGUUGGCUCUGGUGUUUUCGGCUGUUUCGUAUGUGCCGUUGAGGAAGUUGGAAUUGAAGUAUAUUGGACGAUAG